UACGCAUGUAAUAUGCCUGUCUGCCUCCCUGUCUGCCUCGGCCCCUCCCUUCACUCCGCACCUGCAUGUGAACUCUCUUCGGUCCCACCUCGACUGGGCGCGGUCCAGAGGGUGGAGUUCACCGCCGCUGCCUCGAGAACAUUAAGUCGGUCUGUAAACUUGUCACGCCCGCUGCAUUCGUUGCGCUGAGUCGAAUCGCACUUCUUCUCCGGGUCUGCACUUUAUUUUUGGAAACUGGUGUAAUCGAUCCGUUCACGGAAAGGACACCGAAAGAUGAUGGCUCCGGAACCGCUGCGAUCCGCGUUGACAAUCGUGGGCGCCGAAGACACGUCGCUCGCGCUGCCCUCCGACACCGAGCAGCGCUCGGGACAGCAGCGCGUGCUGGAUCAGGUGUUCACCAUCAAGAGGAGCAAGUCCAAACACGGGAAGAACGGCUCACUGUCGCCUUCACCAACAAGCCUGUCUCCCCAGACUUUGACAACAUAUGCCGAGUUUGGAUCGUUCAAGUUUUCUCCAUCCAAAGCAAAUGGCACCUUCAGCCACACCAACUCCACUAUGUCAACAGGCUACAGCAAAGCGAAUACUCAGAGGAGUCGCACUCUAUCCGCUAAAGCCAUGAGAGGAAGACAUGUCAGCACCUCAGGCACAUGGGAACAGCAAAUCAACGCUUCCACCUUGCCCCACAAUCCCCAACGGCUGAAACCCAGUCGCAGUGACCCUGCCUUGGCUCCUCCAUUUUCUCCUGCUCCUGCUCCUGCACCUGUUAUGAGAGCCAAAGGGCAGGCUGUCCAGAGCCAGCACUCCCUCCAGACUCGAGUAAAUAGACACAGCACCUAUUCUAUGACCAACGGCACUCAGAUGACCAACAGCCAGACACGCAUCGUCAGGCCGCCCUCUGCCCAGUCUCACAUUGAGGACAGGAUGGGUACCAUCAAAAUAUCCAAGUUAGAGCAGCAAUCAGCGGUGAACACAUCAGACCUGACCCUAAAGGAGGCUGUAGGGUUCCUGUCUCACCCUGAAGAGAAUUACCAGCAGUGUGGAGCCAGCUUCAUCCACCACCUCACCUUCAAAGAGGAGCACGCCAAGCAGGAGGUUUCCCAACUAGGAGGUAUCCCCCUUCUGGUGACCCUGCUGCGGAGCCCCAACCCUGGGGUGAGCCAGGCUUCUGCUGGCGCUCUGAGGAACCUAGUAUUCAAGGACCAGAACAACAAGCUGGAGGUUCAGCACUGUGGCGGUAUAGCUAAGGCCCUGCAGCUACUAAAGGAGGCAGAUUCUACUGAGACCCAGAAACAAGUCACUGGCCUGCUAUGGAACCUGUCCUCCGCCGAUGAGCUGAAGGAAGAACUUAUAGCUACAGCACUGCCCGCCCUGACUGAGAAUGUGGUGGUGCCAUUCACCUGCUGGUCAGACAACAGCUCUAUCAACAACAUACACCCUGAUGUCUUCUACAACGCCACAGGGUGCCUGCGGAACCUGAGCUGUGCCAAAAAGAAGGAGAGGCAGGCAAUGAGAGAGUGCCGUGGCCUCAUCGACUCCCUCAUGAGUUACAUCCAGUCCUGUGUGGCAGAAGAAAACCCUGAUGACAAGUCUGUGGAGAACUGUGCAUGCAUCCUCCAUAACUUGACCUACCAACUGGAGACCGAGUCCCCUGAGUGCUUCAGCAAGCUCCAGCCUCAGACAGGGAGCCAAGCUGGGAGUAAGAAAAGCCCCACGAUUGGAUGCUUCAGCCCCAAGAGCAGCAAGGCUCAAAAGGAGUUUUCAUUUGAUGCUGCUCGGGGAAUGCCAGAGGACAGCACCCCAUCAGGUGUGAAGUGGUUGUGCCACCCCAAAGCCAUGCAGACCUACCUGUCCCUGCUGGGCUCUUCCCAGAACAAUGCCACCCUUGAAGCCUGCUGUGGUGCUCUGCAGAACCUCACUGCCAGCAAGGAACUGGGGUCCAGUGCCAUGAGCCAAAUUCUGGUUCAAAAGUUGGGGGUUCUACUGCACAUGCCCACACUUUUAAAGUCCCCUAACCGCAGCCUGCAGAAGACUGCCAUGUCCCUGCUGGGUAACAUGUCUCGGACCAGCAGUUUGCAGACCACCAUGGCAAAGCAGAUUCUGCCUGAGCUCACCAGCCUCCUCUCCUCUGGCCCCCUUUUGAUGGGAAAGUCUGACGAAACUAUAUCAACAGCUUGCAGCACAGUACGGAAUCUGAUAUUGGCGGACACUGAGGUCAGCAAGAAGGUCAUUAAUAAUGAACUGGUCUCAUCACUGACUGACCUCAGCGAGAAUGGGUCUUUCCCCAAAGGCAGGAAAGCAGCUUCCGUGCUGCUCUACAGUUUAUGGAACGAGAAGAAUUUGCAAGGUUUUGUGAAAAAGCUGGGAUUUGGCAAAUCGCUUUUUGUCAAUGACUACACCACAGCAGUGCGCAAGUCAGUGCAAGUUAUCGAGUGAGUGUGAUGAGCAAGUGGAACGGCGCCACAGAGCCUGAGAGAUGGAAACCAGCAUUUUUAGACACGCCCUUGCAACGAGGAGAGUAAAAUUACAUUCUUCACAUAAUAUCCUUGUUGAAAGAGCCUAUCAAUUAAGAGUCAAUCAUAUGUUGUAUAUACUUUAGAGAAACAAGAGCUUUUAAUUUCAUGAAUAAUCCUGCGGUGUUGUAUGUAUUUAAUUUGGAUAUGUGUCUGUCUGUGUAUAUAAACAGGUAAGCGUGUUUUUGCAUGUGCUGAAACUCAGUUCUUACAGCCUGAGAGCCACAAUACAUCCGACAACGUGGGUAGACAAUGUUAUCUGCAGUGAAAGUUACUUAAGGCAUGCCGUGACUAUUUAGAUUCAUGAAUGGUAUUGUUGUCAAAUGUGUCUGUAUACAGUGGCUGAAAGAUAAAUAUCUAUUGUGGCCUUGAGGACUGAGGAGUCAAAAAUGAAAGUAAUACGAAAGAUACAAGCUGAAAAGAAAAAAGACUGUUUGUAUUUGUGAUACUGUUGCUACGUCUAAAGAGUGUGCACCGUAAGUAUAAAGCAUGAUAAUAACAAAAUCAUUUUUAAAUGUGUUUUUUUUUUUUUUUGCUUUCUUGAAGUUAAUAGAUUAUGUUGAAUGUGCCAACAGUAUAUAAAGGAUUUAUAUAAAGGACUGAGCAAACUCGGUUCAAUUACAAAAAAACACUUGGAUUUGCAAGAUUUCCACACAAAAGCAAAUAACUGCUACAUUUUUAAUGUUUAAUGCCAUUUAUUGGAAUUGUUACUAUGUUCUGUUGAGUGUUUUAUUCUGUGAUUCAGAAUUUAGUUUUGACCAAGUGCCUAAAUAGUUAAAGGAAUAGUUGAUGAGAAGAUUGAUA